AUGAAAGCAAAAACGGUUAAAGGAAAUUGGAGCUUCAGAACGAACAAGCUCACUUUCCCCUACGUUUUUCUCAUAUGCAUCUUCUUCUUCCUUGCUGGAUUCUUCGGUUCUACUCUCUUCUCUCACUCUCAGGAUGGUGAUGGAUAUGGCUUGCGGCCGAGAAAGAUGCUGCUUGAAUCGGCGAAGGAGACGAAGUACAAUUUGAUGACUGCCGGAGAGUUUGGUGAUGAUUCCAUCACAUCGAUUCCUUUUCAGGUUUUGAGCUGGAAGCCGCGAGCUCUUUAUUUUCCUAAUUUUGCAACUGCGGAGCAAUGUGAAACCAUAGUUGCUGCAGCAAAGGUAGGCCUCAAACCAUCAUCAUUAGCUUUGCGCAAGGGAGAAACUGCGGAGAAUACUAAGGGAAUUAGAACAAGCUCUGGUGUGUUUCUUAGUGCUUCUGAAGAUAAAACAGGGACUUUAGAUGUCAUUGAGGAGAAAAUUGCGAGAGCGACAAUGAUUCCUAGGAGUCAUGGAGAGGCAUUUAAUAUCCUACGCUAUGAGAUUGGUCAAAGAUAUAAUUCACAUUAUGAUGCAUUCAAUCCUACCGAAUAUGGCCCACAAAAGAGUCAAAGGAUGGCUUCUUUUUUGCUGUAUUUGACUGAUGUUCAGGAUGGUGGCGAAACUAUGUUUCCGUUUGAGAAUGGCUUGAACAUGGAUGGUAGCUAUGGCUACGAAGACUGCAUUGGUUUAAAAGUAAAGCCAAGACAGGGAGAUGGGCUUUUAUUUUAUUCACUGCUCCCCAACGGCACAAUCGAUCAGACAUCACUGCAUGGGAGCUGCCCUGUGAUAAAGGGGCAGAAGUGGGUGGCUACGAAGUGGAUAAGGGAUCAUGAUCAACAGGAAGAACAGGAUGAUUAG